CAUGAAAAGACUUGUCAAUGCUUUAUUGAUCCAGCAGAGGGAGUUCUGCGAUCAUAUUCACCCUUAUAGUCACUAGUAUACUAGCCUAAGAGAGAGCCAACCGGACACGAAACUACCAUGGGCUGCCUCCAGAUCUUCCUGCCUGGCAUCGGCUCCUGCGUUGCCUUCUUGCUAGGCAUUCUCUCUCUCUUUGCUGGCAGUCAACGCCAGUUUCUACCGCAGGCAGACCUUUUAACCUUACACACAGGAGGAGCCGGCGGACAAGGUGCUCCCGAUUACUUCUCCAUCUACACCAUGUCCUACUGCACCGGGUACCAAGAAACAUACAUAUCAGACGAGACCACCAAUGCCACAUCAACCAAAAAAGAGAUCGUCGACUGUUCCGACCGCACUGUGUUGUUCACCUUCAACCCCGGUGAGGCCAUAAUAAAAGCCAUGGGCACCCCAUCAGGCAGUCUCUCCCCGGACAGCUGGCCGUCCUGGAUAACAGCCGAUUUCGAGGCGUUAGCUCCGACCAACACCGCCAUGGUCUUGCUCAUGGUCCUUGGAACUACCGCAUCCGCUAUAUCCAUCGGAAUCCGCAUCUGGACGGUCGUGUGUGCACGGGCAUCGGAAAAUAGCAGGCCGCCCAUGUACCCUGGGAGGCCGGCAUCUAGCUUCGAUCUUGAUAUUCCGCCAUCUAACAUAGAAUUUCUUGCCUAUCUGGCAAGCCUUCUCACCUUCGCAAUCGCUUCCAUUAUUGCUAGCGUCAUCACAACCGAGUUUGUAAAGUUGAUUAACAAAUCCGGCAGUGGAUAUGGGGUCUCAGCGACGACGGGGACGUCGUUUAUGGGGAUGGUCUGGACAGCCGCGGUGCUGCAGGCUCUUACCACGGCUAAUAGUCUCGUUGCUAUUCUCCGCUAUCGUGCUCAGCAUUGUCGGUGUGAUUGGGAUGAGUCGGUGUCGUCUGAGUCGGUGGAGCAGGAGCCGCUGGUAGGAGGGGAAUGA